AUGAUGAGCCGUCUGACAAUUUCCCCAAUAAUGGGAAUUAGAGGAGCGUUUGGGUUAUACACCGUGAACAUACUUCAAACAUCAAAGACGACAUCACGAGAAGUUGGAGAACAGCUUCAGAUUUCUGAACAGACUGAAAUCAAGAUCGAUGCAGCAAGAGAGGGAUACAGACCAUGUGCCCAGAGGGCUUCGAUCCUCUUCUUUGUCUUAAAUGACAUGGGUAGGAUAGACCCUAUGUACCAGUUCUCAUUAGAUGCCUACAUAGAGCUUUUUAAUAUCUCCAUUGACAAAAGUCAAAGGAGUGGCAAACUUGAAGAGAGAAUACAAAAUCUCAAUGAUUACCAUACAUUUGCUGUUUAUAGGUUCACAUGUAGAGGAUUGUUUGAGAAACACAAGUUGUUAUUCUCAUUCCAAAUGUGUGCCAAGAUCUUAGAGGCUUCUGGUAAACUCAACAUGGAUGAAUACAGCUUUUUCCUCAGAGGCGGAGUGGUGUUGGACAAAGACAACCAAAUGGACAACCCUUGUAGUAACUGGCUAAAUGAUUCUGCCUGGGACAAUAUAACAGAGUUAGAUAAACUCACAAACUUUCAUGGUAUUAUGACAUCAUUUGAACAAUACCCACGUGACUGGAACAUUUGGUAUGUGUCGUCAGAACCAGAAACUGCCAGCUUACCAGGUGAAUGGGACAAUGCAUGCAAUGAGCUACAGAGAAUGUUGAUUGUAAGAUCAAUGCGCCCUGAUCGUGUCUCAUUCUGCGCUACAUCCUUUAUCAUUAACAACCUUGGCUCCAAGUUUGUAGAACCUCCUGUACUGGAUAUGAAACAAGUGGUUGAGGACUCCACUACUAGGACGCCUUUGAUAUUUGUAUUGUCUCCUGGUGUGGACCCCACUAGUAUGUUGCUACAGCUUGCUGAACACAGUGGCAUGGCAACAAGGUUCCAUGCUCUUUCCCUGGGUCAAGGUCAGGCUCCCAUAGCAACGCGCAUGAUCCAUGAAGGUGUCAAAGAGGGCAACUGGGUAUUCUUGGCUAACUGCCACUUGUCUCUCAGCUGGAUGCCACAGCUGGAUAAACUUGUAGAGCAGUUACAAGUUGAACAACCACAUCCAGAGUUCAGAUUGUGGUUAAGCAGUUCUCCUCACCCUGAGUUCCCAAUUUCCAUACUCCAAGCUGGAAUCAAAAUGACAACGGAACCCCCCAAGGGUCUGAAAGCAAACAUGAAGCGUCUAUACACAUUGCUGACUGAUCAACAAUUCACAAGAUGCAAGAAACAAGACAAGUACAAGAAAUUGUUGUUUUGCUUGUGUUUCUUCCACAGUGUAUCAGAGAACCUCCUCAGUAUUUAUCUUGACGAGUAUGAUGAAAUCCCAUGGGAUGCUCUCAAAUAUCUCAUUGCUGGUAUCAACUAUGGAGGCCAUGUUACCGAUGACAGUGACAGGCGUCUACUGUUGACAUACAUCAAUGAUUUCUUCCAAGAGAAUAGUGUUAGCACACCAUUUCAUAAAUUGUCAAUUCUUCCAACAUACUACGUUCCUAAAGAUGGUCCUCUAUCUGCUUAUAUCGAAUACAUCACCAUGCUGCCAAACAUUGAUCACCCAGAGGCCUUUGGGCAACAUCCAAAUGCUGAUAUUACAUCCCAGAUCCAAGAGACCAGGAUGUUGUUUGAGACAUUAUUGUCUCUUCAACCCCAGGUUUCAUCCUCAGGAGGGGAGAGCAGAGAAGAUAAGGUGUUAGAGUUGGCUAGUAACAUUUACAAAACAUUACCAGAAAAUAUUGACUAUGAGAACACUGUUAAAAUACUCUCAGUAGACCCAUCUCCCUUAAAUGUGGUCCUCUUACAAGAGAUCCAACGUUAUAAUGCGCUCCUUAAUGAGAUCCGCAACCAGUUGACAGACUUAGAGCGUGGUAUUCAAGGUUUGGUUGUGAUGUCACAAGAAUUGGAAGAUAUCUUCUCCUGUAUAUAUGAUGCCAGAGUUCCACCUGCCUGGGAAAAGGCUUACCCCUCUAUGAAGCCCCUGGGUAACUGGACUCGUGAUUUAGUGGACCGCGUAGCACAGUUUGAGAAAUGGGCCACUACAGCUCACCCUCCUAGCAUAUUCUGGAUGUCUGCAUUCACCUUCCCUACAGGGUUCCUAACUGCUGUUUUGCAGACUUCUGCCAGGCAGAAUAAUGUGUCUGUUGAUCUACUUUCAUGGGAGUUCACUGUCCUUACUGUAUAUGAUAACAACAUAAUGAGUGCUCCCAAGGAUGGAGUAUACAUUAAGGGCCUGUACCUACAAGGUGCUGGUUGGGAUAAGAAGAAUGCAUGUCUAGUUGAGGCAGAACCCAUGCAACUUGUUUGUCCCAUUCCAUCAAUCCAUUUCAAACCAGUUGAAAACAAGAAGAAAAGUGGAAAGGGCAUGUACCAGUGCCCGGUCUACUACUAUCCUAACAGGGCAGGUGGGAAUGGACGUGCAUCAUUCGUCGUAUCUGUUGAUUUGAAGUCAGGGGAGAAAACUGCUGAUCAUUGGGCCAAGAGGGGAACUGCAUUACUAAUGAGUCUUGAUAAUUAGACUUCUAGAGGAGAGCAUCAGUGAUAUUGGACUAUUUUAAGGAACUGCAUUACUUAAGAGUUGAUGAUUGGACUU